UUAAAGCGUUUCUCUGACGUUGAUAUAUGUCAGUGUCUGUUUUCAGCUUUGGAAAUUUUAUUUUUUUUCUUCAACAUGGGAACAUGUUUAAGAGGUCCAAAGCUGAUUUUUAAAGCAAAGCAGUUACAAAGGCUACAGUUAAUUCCAUGUUUAUCCUGCUCUCAACUACAAAGUUCCAAUCCCAGAGACACAUAUCCAAAAAUCUAUGGCCCCAAGAAGAUAAACAGGUCCCCAACAGCUUUGUUGGAAGCUCUGGAAGAAAGCGUUGGCCAUGAAUGUCGAAGUUAUGGGAAGUUUUCCAUUGAUGACCCAGCCUGUUACCAUCGCCAGUUUAAUAAGGCAGAAAUGAUGCUCUCUACGGCGUCAGGGAGGAAAGCAGCCAGAAUGAUGAUGAGUAUGUACCCCCAGGUGUUUGAGGGGACACCCGCUCAUGUACCUGUGGAACCCCCAACUAAGGUAUUUGAUCCUGUUGUGACUAAAGAAAGUGAAGAUAAUUUAGAGGAAGCAAUUAAAGAGCAGAUGGAACAAAGAGAUGUAGAGAAGGUGUUGGCACUUUGCCAUAAAAUGAUUCCAGAAGGGAAUACACUGUCUGGAGAGACAAUAGAACGUUUGAUUCAUUUCCUCAGCUUUUAUUACCAGAGAGACCACACUGCUACCGAGCCAGAGGAGAUCGAACUCAUGGAUAAAGUCAAAGCCGAAAAAUACUUACCAUUAGAUAGUGUUCUGAACGAUUUGUUCUUGUUCGAAGCAGAGAAGUCCCCUGCCGUGUACAAUUCAUUCAUUCGACAGUAUCUGAAUUCUUCAGAGAUGACAAGGCCAAAGGAAUGUCUAAGAUUUUACGAAACAAUGAGGAACACUAAAACGCCAUGUAAGUAUAGAAAAGGGUAUACUGCAAAAUGCCAGAUACAAACAUUGGUUUCAUUAUAAUUUUUCUUUUUUUUA